AAGAGAGAGCAACUCCCAAAAGCCAAGCAUAGAGAAAUUGCCUUCGCGACCCUACACACUGUCCUUAAAAAGAGAGAGAAUAGGAAAUAAAGCCCGAACUUGAGCGUUGAAACCUUGCAACGGAAUACCAACUAGAACAUUACAUCCUGUGAUCCCACAAGUUUCACCCCACACGAAUAAAGCGGAAAAGCUCCAUUCUCUCCUAUUAGCGAGUUAUCAAGGAUCAUUUCAUAAUGGACUCGAAAUCCUCUGUUUUGGUUGUGUGUCCAAACUUCGACGUGUCCAGUCUCUGAAAUCGUGCGGCAACACUUCAUUGGCCUUUUUCGACAUCUACUAUUUAAUACUCCCAACACAUUCAAACAGAUGCCUACCCACACGUCCGCCUCAUCGGCUUUGGUCCUGUCCUCCCGCCUUUGGGCGAACUCGUGGCAGAGACCUCUCAAGGGAGUUCUAUUGCCUUGGAACCUCUUUGGUCUGGGUGGAUGGUUUGUGAUUCUCAUAGCUUACACAAUGCUCACAAGUUCGGUUCAAGCACGGGUUGUACCACAGUACCUGAGAUCUGUUCCCGAAUCAUCCUAUAAAAUACAUCCCCACCACCAUCAUCAUCAUCAUCAUAAACAUCAUCAUCAGCAACAACAACCACAACAACAGCUACAACAUCAACCCGAGAGGCAUCACUAUGCCUCUCCACAGUUCCAGACAGAUGCCAGCUUGGCUCAUUCUGGAAUUUGGUUAAACUUGGCGAUCCCGUCUACCAGAGAUAUUCUCAAUCAAUCACCCAGCCCAGGCCCAGCCAAAACAUCUCUAGCACCGCAACCUGAUCUGUCCAGGCUAGUGAUCCAUUCGGCUCAAACCACAUCCCAGCCAGCCACUGACGAAACUCUCACAUAUGACUCUGAAAACAAAGUGGAAGAGGAGAGGAGGCUAGAAUUGGACCUCGAAGAACACCUGAGACAAGCCCUUCAUCGUCAAGCCCGACAAGCCCCGAAUUUGUGCGUCAAAGACGAAACGGGCAAAACGGAAACCAUUUGUCAGACUUGUUCCGAAAUAACGAACAAUCCAGAAGGACACCAUGAUUGUUGUCGAAACAUUGAAUCAGCCUUCAGUUGGUGCAAGAGAUUAUACGACUUCAGGAGUCGGUUCGGUGGCUAAAUCGGAGGUCUACCUCUGGAUCGAAAUCAAACUCAUAGUUGUGGUAUCUAUUACCCAGACGACCUCUUACUUCCAUAGACACACCACGAAAGAUAUGGACAAUAUCCGCGUCAAUCGACGACGAAUACGAUAAUCAGAAGAAACCAAAGAUUUUCUCAGAAAAUGGCGAGGAAGACACCGGGAUAAAUUUACCAGCAGUAUUCAAAGUAUUUGUUUCCGACAUGACUAUUAUUCCUAUGUUUUACAUUCUGCUCGAUUCUCGUGGAUUCUACCCAAUGUGCUGUCCUUCCUCCUUCGUACAUCAUUAACUUGCAUUGAUAGAUAUUAAAACCGUUACUGAUACA